UUACCUGCAAACACAAUGAGGAAAGCAUACUCUGUCACAAGCUCUGGCAGCAGCACCAGGAGGACUUUUGCAGGACCAGGAAGCAGCUACUCCGUCAAAAGAACCAGUUAUGGUGGUGUUGGCUCUAGUGCUGGUGCUAGUUUUAGUAUGUCUGCAAUGGGUGGUGGUUCUGGCUCUAGUUAUGGCUUUUCUUCUAGCCAAACAUCAGGCGGUUUUGUGCCCCCACCGAUCACAGCUGUCCAAGUAAACCAGAGCCUGCUGGCCCCCCUGAACCUGGAGAUUGACCCCACCAUCCAGGCUGUCCGCACCCAGGAGAAGGAGCAGAUCAAGACCCUGAACAACCGCUUUGCUUCCUUCAUCGACAAGGUCCGUUUCCUGGAGCAGCAGAACAAGAUGCUGGAGACCAAAUGGAGCCUCAUGCAGGACCAGACCACCACCCGCUCCAACAUCGAGGGCAUGUUUGAGGCCUACAUUGCCAACCUGCGCAGACAGCUUGACGGGCUGGGCAAUGAGAAGGGCAAGCUAGAGGGAGAGCUGAGGAACAUGCAGGGUCUGGUUGAGGACUUCAAGAGGAAGUAUGAAGAUGAAAUCACCAAACGUGCAGCUGCAGAGAAUGAAUUUGUGCUCCUGAAGAAGGAUGUUGAUGCUGCCUACAUGAACAAGGUCGAGCUGGAAGCCAAGGCCGAUGCUCUUCAGGAUGAGAUCAACUUCCUCAGGGCCGUCUAUGAGGCUGAGCUUCGUGAGCUGCAGGGCCAGAUCAAGGACACCUCUGUCAUCGUGGAGAUGGACAACAGCCGUAACUUGGACAUGGACGCCAUUGUGGCUGAAGUGCGUGCUCAGUACGAGGACAUUGCCAACCGCAGCAAGGCUGAAGCAGAGACCUGGUACAAACAGAAGUACGAGGAGAUGCAGAGCUCUGCCGGACAAUAUGGUGAUGACCUGCGCACAACCAAGGCUGAGAUUGCUGAGCUGAACCGCAUGAUCUCCCGUCUUCAGAAUGAGAUUGAGGCUGUCAAGGGACAGAGGGCCAACCUUGAGGCUCAGAUUGCAGAAGCUGAGGAGCGUGGUGAGCUGGCAGUGAAGGAUGCCAAGCUCCGCAUCAAGGACCUGGAGGAUGCUCUGCAGAGAGCCAAGCAGGACAUGGCCCGCCAGGUACGCGAAUACCAGGAGCUGAUGAAUGUCAAGUUGGCUCUGGACAUCGAAAUCGCCACCUACAGGAAACUGCUGGAAGGAGAGGAGACCAGACUGGCCAGUGGAGGCUCCAGUGCAACCAUCCAUGUGCAGCAGACCUCUGGAGGUGGUGGAUUCUCCAGCUCCAGCUCCGGCGGGGGAUUUGGCUCCAGCAGUGGAUUUGGAUCCGGUGGUGGAUUCAGCUAUGGUGGUGGUUAUGGUGGUACUCUCACCAAGUCCACAGUCUCAACAACCAGCUCCAGGAGAGUCUAUUAAAAAAGAGAGCCGUCCCUCUUCUGCUU